AUGAGCGGAAGGCCAUCUCAUAAUACCUCUUUGCCGUCUCGAACUGACCCCCUAGUCUCUCAAAAUGAUGAGACGAACGUCUCUAUCUAUGGCGCGGCGCCCGAGAGCCGGGAAGUCACGCCCCCCACCCCACUUGAGAUCGAUGCGCUCGGUGCAUACGGGGUCAAUAUACAAGAUUCCGGGAGCAUAUCGCAGGUCAUAACGGAGCAGCAAGCGAACCCAAAGGUUGCCAUUCCACGACUUGACCUGCCGCUUGGUAGCACCAACGGUCGAGUUAGCCGAGCAUGUCACAACUGUCGCAAACAGAAGAACAAGUGUUCUGGUCAUCGGCCUUCUUGCCUCCGAUGUCAGGAGACCAACGUGUAUUGCGUUUACGUCGACGGCAAACGAGAGAGAAAUGCUAAACAACUCACAAUCAUAUCAAGCCAACUCAAACACUACGAAUCUCUCGUGCGUGAUAUUUACCCAAAGAUCGAUAGCGAGCUGGCCAGAAUUGUCGAUCAAGCUCUCGAGAAAAUCUCCGGCCUUUCCUUGCCAUCACCGACCGCCCCUAAAGUACCAGACGAGACGGAAGCGCCCGCUCCCAUGAUCUCUUCCGUGGAUCACACCACUGAGGACUUCAACGGGGACACGUCACUACAAGCGAGGGGAUUCGUAGGGGAACAUUCGCCGAUGGCAUGGCUAUACAGGCUUAGACGCCAGAUUGACCAGGCAAGUUCCGACACAGCCGGGCAGUCCGAGCGACCCGGACAACCAUCGCUUUCCUCCUGUGGUUUCUUUGUGGAUGAGAUUGGUCUGCCCUCGACAAACGAUUCAGACUACCUCGCAUAUCCUUCGCAGGUGGUCGCCGAUGAACUUGUGGACAGAUACUUCCAGGUUGCGCAUGCUUCUUUUCCGAUCCUCGGCAAAGAAAUUUUCCUGAACCAGUGUCGAUUGUUCUAUAGCAACACCCCGACACAUCCCGGAAACAAGUGGAUGGCGUUGUUGAACAUGGUGUUUGCAAUCGCUGCGAGGCAUUUUGAGCUUGAUGGACAUCACCCGCGGCUAGAUCAUAAUAAGCACGCGGUGUAUUUUUCACGUGCUCAGCGAUUGAAUCAGACAGACUGUGCACUCUUAGACCAUCCUAAUCUGCAACAGACGCAAGCAGAGGCACUGAUAUCACUCUACAUGCUCUCCAUCGGACAAAUCAAUAGGGCGUGGAGAGUAUGUGGUGUUGCUAUUCAAUCGGCAAUCUCAAUGGGUAUCCACCUUCGUAGUGAGAGCAGCAGCAUCACACACGUGUCCAAAGAAACCAGAUAUCGCUUGUGGUGGGCGCUGUAUGUGAUGGAUAGCCUCCUUUGCGGCAUGACCGGGCGCAUGCCCAGAAUGCCCCAGGAACACUGCACCACACCUUUGCCAGUGCCAUACAAGGAGGAGGAUUUUUGGGAUGAGCACGUAGCGAGGCUGAUCGUAGACAUUCAGUCCCGAGACUCCCUGAUGAAAUCCCUCCUCUCUUAUGAUCGUUCGAUCAGGUCGAACGAGCAAUCAAGAUAUUCGCCCCCUCAACAGCCGCUACCUGAACCGGUAUUGCCCAUGCCGGAGCAUCAGGCUAAUGUCUCGCUGUACUUGCUGUACUCCAUCAACCUGUCAGCUGUGAUGAGAGAUGCAAUCGAAAUCUUGUACUCUCCCGGCGCCGGGCGCAAGUCGCGACAGGAUCUGGAAAUGGCAAUGAUGUCGCUCAACACUGCCGCCGACAACUGGUUUGCUCGACUUCCUCAAACCUAUCGUUUCACGGAACCACGUGUUGACAAAGCUUUUGCCCGUCAACGCACGAGUUUGGCUUUCCAGUAUUAUUCCACCAAACUUGUCAUUUCCCAUCCCGCCCUGAGUUAUCAGCCACGUUGUGAGGGCUCUCCAAAUGAGUUUUACCCACACAUGGCAGCGAUUUGCGUCAAGGCGGCAUCCCAUAUGCUCGAUCUGCUACCCAACGAACCAAGUAUGGCCUGGCUCAUGAGUUGUUCGCCUUGGUGGACGGUUUUGCACUACCUCACGCAAGGUACUGUAGUGCUCGUGAGGCAGUUGCUCACUCAGAGUCAGGCGUGGGCUAUUGACUGGGACGAAACAUUGGGGAGAGUCCAGAAAGCGCUGCGAUGGUUCAGUCAGUGCUCCACCACAGACGCCUCAUUCGAGCGGGCUUGGGGUAACUUUGCGGAACUCUUGUCGUCUCAAGGACUGGAUUUCGGUGUAAGAUAA